GUCAUGACGUAAGCUCCGGUUGCAGUGCUGAGUCGGAAGUGGGAACCCUUCGGCCGCUGAGAUUCUGUCGUGUCGUCGCUGCUGGCCCUCAGGCUCUGCCCCUCCCCCUAGGUCUGGAUGGAGGAUACUUUAAAGUGAAAUGACAGACCAGGAGAAUAACAACAACAUCUCAAGUAACCCCUUUGCUGCUCUUUUUGGCUCCCUGGCUGAUGCCAAGCAGUUUGCAGCAGUCCAAAAAGAGCAGCUGAAACAGCAAUCUGAUGAACUCCCAGCCAGCCCAGAUGACUCAGAUAAUAGUGUGUCAGAGAGCCUGGAUGAAUUUGAUUACUCUGUGGCUGAGAUUAGCCGCUCAUUCCGUUCACAGCAGGAAAUAUGUGAGCAACUCAACAUCAAUCACAUGAUCCAAAGGAUCUUCCUCAUCACUCUGGACAACAGUGAUCCAAGCCUGAAAAGUGGGAAUGGCAUCCCCAGCCGUUGUGUGUAUUUGGAAGAAAUGGCAGUAGACCUGGAAGAUCAAGACUGGCUUGAUAUGAACAACGUAGAGCAGGCUGUCUUCACUCGCUUAUUACUUCAAGAUCCAGGCAACCACUUGAUUAACAUGACCUCUUCUACAACGUUGAAUCUCUCUGCUGAUCGAGAUGCAGGGGAGAGGCACAUUUUUUGUUACCUUUAUUCCUGUUUCCAAAGAGCCAAGGAAGAGAUUACCAAAGUUCCAGAGAACCUGCUACCCUUUGCUGUGCAGUGCAGGAACCUCACUGUGUCCAAUACCCGAACAGUUCUCCUCACCCCAGAGAUCUAUGUUGACCAAAACAUCCAUGAGCAACUGGUAGAUUUGAUGUUGGAAGCCAUCCUAGGAGGCCAUUUUGAAGGUGUAACUGAGUUUCUGGAUGAGGUCAUCGAAGCCUUGAUACUGGAUGAGGAAGUUCGAACAUUUCCAGAAGUCAUGAUUCCAGUGUUUGAUAUUUUAUUGGGCCGAAUAAAAGAUCUAGAACUCUGCCAGAUCCUGUUGUACGCAUAUCUGGACAUUCUUCUGUAUUUCACUAGGCAAAAGGAUAUGGCAAAGGUUUUUGUAGAAUACAUUCAGCCCAAGGAUCCUAGUAAUGGGCAGAUGUACCAGAAGACCUUGCUGGGAGUAAUCCUGAAUAUCUCCUGCUUAUUAAAGACUCCGGGUGUAGUAGAAAACCAUGGCUACUUCCUGAAUCCAUCUCGUUCCAGUCCCCAGGAGAUCAAAGUACAAGAGGCCAACAUUCACCAGUUCAUGGCUCGGUUCCAUGAAAAGAUCUACCAGAUGUUGAAGAACUUACUCCAGCUCUCUCCAGAAACCAAACACUGUAUCUUGUCCUGGCUUGGAAACUGUUUGCAUGCAAAUGCAGGCCGCACCAAGAUUUGGGCCAAUCAGAUGCCAGAAAUCUUCUUCCAAAUGUAUGCCUCGGAUGCCUUCUUUCUAAAUCUGGGUGCUGCUCUCCUGAAGUUAUGCCAGCCAUUUUGCAAACCCAGAUCCUCUCGGCUCCUCACCUUUAAUCCCACUUACUGUGCCCUGAAGGAAUUGAAUGAUGAAGAACGAAAAAUAAAAAAUGUACACAUGAGAGGUUUGGACAAAGAAACCUGUUUGAUCCCAGCUGUGCGGGAGCCAAAGUUUCCUCAGAACUACAACCUUGUAACAGAAAACCUUGUCCUGACAGAGUACACCUUGUACUUGGGAUUUCACAGGUUGCAUGAUCAGAUGGUAAAAAUCAACCAAAAUCUGCAUCGGCUGCAGGUAGCCUGGCGGGAUGCUCAGCAAAGUUCUAGCCCUGCUGCUGACAACCUCCGUGAGCAGUUUGAACGACUGAUGACCAUUUAUCUUUCUACUAAGACUGCCAUGACUGAGCCGCAAAUGCUGCAAAACUGCCUAAAUUUGCAGGUGUCCAUGGCUGUUCUCCUAGUUCAACUGGCCAUAGGCAAUGAGGGCUCACAGCUGAUAGAGCUAACUUUUCCUUUGCCAGAUGGCUACAGUUCUUUGGCUUACGUGCCAGAAUUUUUUGCAGAUAACUUGGGUGAUUUCCUCAUUUUUCUCCGCCGCUUUGCCGAUGACAUCUUGGAGACAUCAGCAGAUUCCCUGGAACAUGUCCUUCAUUUUAUCACCAUUUUCACUGGAAGCAUAGAAAGGAUGAAGAAUCCCCACCUAAGGGCCAAACUCGCUGAGGUGUUGGAAGCAGUGAUGCCCCACAUGGAUCAGACCCCAAAUCCCUUGGUAUCCAGUGUGUUCCACCGGAAACGUGUGUUCUGCAACUUUCCCUAUGCAUCCCACCUUGCAGAAGCUCUAAUCAAGGUCUUUGUGGACAUUGAGUUUACAGGAGACCCCCAUCAGUUUGAGCAGAAGUUUAAUUACCGCCGCCCCAUGUAUCCCAUCCUCAGGUACAUGUGGGGAACAGAUACCUAUCGAGAGAGCAUUAAGGAUUUGGCUGACUAUGCCUCUAAGAAUUUAGAAGCCAUGAAUCCCCCACUUUUCCUCCGCUUUCUUAACCUGCUAAUGAACGAUGCCAUCUUCCUUUUGGAUGAAGCCAUACAGUAUUUGAGCAAGAUAAAAAUUCAACAAAUUGAGAAGGACCGAGGUGAAUGGGACAGUCUGACUCCAGAAGCCCGCCGAGAGAAGGAGGCUGGCCUACAGAUGUUUGGACAGCUGGCACGUUUCCAUAACAUCAUGUCCAAUGAAACAAUUGGUACCCUUGCCUUUCUGACAUCAGAGAUCAAAUCCCUCUUUGUGCAUCCUUUCCUGGCUGAGCGCAUCAUCUCCAUGCUGAACUACUUCCUGCAGCACCUGGUUGGCCCCAAGAUGGGGGCCUUAAAAGUCAAGGACUUCAGUGAAUUUGACUUCAAACCCCAGCAGCUCGUUUCAGAUAUCUGCACCAUCUACCUAAAUCUUGGGGAUGAGGAGAAUUUCUGUGCCACCGUGCCCAAGGAUGGACGUUCCUAUUCCCCAACUCUCUUUGCACAGACAGUCCGAGUCCUGAAGAAAAUAAAUAAGCCUGGGAAUAUGAUUGUGGCUUUCAGCAACUUAGCAGAGAGAAUCAAGUCUCUAGCAGACCUCCAGCAACAGGAAGAGGAGACCUAUGCAGAUGCCUGUGAUGAGUUUCUGGAUCCCAUCAUGAGCACACUGAUGUCUGACCCUGUGGUGCUGCCAUCUUCCAGAGUCACUGUGGAUAGAUCCACCAUUGCCAGACAUUUGCUCAGUGACCAAACAGAUCCCUUUAACCGUAGUCCCCUCACCAUGGACCAGAUCCGGCCAAACACAGAACUAAAAGAAAAAAUCCAACGGUGGCUCGCAGAGAGGAAACAACAACAAAAGGAGCAAUUUGAAUAAAUACUGUGACCUAAACAAACCAAAAACCAACCCCAGAGUGUAGAUAAACAAUUGUUUGUGGUUUCUCUCUUUCUGGUUCUGUUCCUUUCCUUUUUCUUGCUUGCUUUUUUUUUCUUCACCCUUUACUAAAUUAGAGAACUGCUCUUUCUUAAAUUAUGAUAAUUAAAAUUCCUAAGAACUUUACAGUGCUCCUAGCUUGCAGGAAAUUAUACUUAUAGCAUCACCACGUUUGGAAAUCAUCACUAAUUUUUACCCUUUGUUAUAUCUCUUCCUGUUCUUUCUUCUUCUUCCUUUUCUUACCUUAAAUUACAUUAACUUCAACUACUAAAACCUCCUGCCACCUUACUAUUUCUCUUCAAGAACUGCUCAGACAUCUUUGGUGAGCACUGCUUUUAAGUAUAUGAUGUCACGUAUUUCAGUGACAGCUGAUAUCAGAAAGUCCUGUGUUAUCAAGGUAUUUACUAGACUUUAUGACCCAGACUUCAGCCCUUUUCCUUGUUACAGCUCUGCAAUGUUACAGAAUAACAUUUUGUAUAAAAGCAGAUACCUUGAUGUUUGAGUAGAUUUUUGAAUAAGAUGAAAGAUGACAUGAAAAAAAUCUUACGCAACCUCAGUUGGUAGCUCUUAGUUUUGUGUUAUCUUGUAACUCAAAGAUACCUUGGAGGCCAAACACUCCCCCAUGGAGUUGUCAUUACCACAGAAAAUUUAGCCCUAUAAUAUUUUUAGGAGGAUUGGUAGAACAAAUUUGCAGUUUUGACACUUUAUUCAGAAAAUUCCGAGGUGAAAAAAGAAGGCUGUUGGGCCCUUUUCAUCUACUGGAAAUCAAGGACUAGGCUUGAUUAGAAAAGUUAGGCAGGGCUUCCCUGGUGGCGCAGUGGUUGAGAGUCCGCCUGCCGAUGCAGGGGACACGGGUUCGUGCCCCGGUCCGGGAAGAUCCCACAUGCCGCGGAGCGGCUAAGCCCGUGAGCCAUGGCCGCUGAGCCUGCGCGCCUGGAGUCUGUGCUCCGCAACGGGAGAGACCACAACAGUGAGUGAGAGGCCCGCUAACCGGAAAAAAAAAAGGCAACAAAUAUUGUAACUAUGAAAAAUGUCAUUUUAAGACACUAAUAUCAGCAGUAUAUAUAUAUAUAUAUAUAUAUAUGUAUAUAUAUAUAUAUAUAUAUACACACACACACACCUACAUACACAUACCAUGUACAUUUUUAUAUUGGUCUAGUGUAAACAGAGUACCACUUUAUAUUGUCUCUUCCAUGGUAAGAUGUAUGCAGUGUGUGGCCAUGUUUAACUGUAAAAUGUAUAUAGUUAACGUUUGUUUGGGCUUAUGACCUGACUUCUAAGAGCUGCUUCUAACUCAGCCUUAGGUCAUCAAUUAACAGAGCAGGAAUUUGAGCACAACCUUGUCCACAAACCAUUUUAAAUACCCACUUAGCCCUAUGUAGUUAGUAGAUGGAUGGGCCCCACUUUUAAAAGUUGAGCCUGAGUUCCCUACUGAGUUGUGCAGCUUAACAUGCUGAGUGAGGCACAUUCCCCUAUGGACUGUCUAUAUCACUAUCCCUCUAAGCCCGAAAAUAUAACUGACAAGAAAAGUGGUAUGAUCUAGAAACGGAUCAUUGCUUCAUUUAGAGGAUAUUAUUGUUAACCAUGGCCUCUUUCAAAUAAGAUGGUAGUUUUACGGUAAUCCAACACAAGUUGUUAUAAGCAGUCCUUGAUGUGUUUUUGAUGGUAUCAGCUGGAAACCCUCAAGUCAGAGGGCAUUCCACACUAGAUAUAAAGUAGAUGUUGCCUAUUGCUGUGCUUAAUAAAUGAAAAAGGCAGUCUAGGACUCUCGCAAAUGCCAGAAUGUAAGAUAGUAAUUCAGUAUGCUCCCUGGGCCUUUAAGGCAUGGGUUGACAGAAUUUAUUUUCUUAAAAUGAGCUUCAUUUCAUAUUUAUUAUCCUCCUUUACUUCUCUGAGAAUGAACUGUAUAAAAUAAGCUUCAAUUUACUUGCAUUUAUCUUCCAAAUCCAAUGUAGUAGGAUAUUUUCAUUUUUAAAAGAAGUGGGGAAAAGACCAGAGUUUUAUAGGAGAAAAUUGGAGGAAAAAACGGGCACAAAACCUCAGAAGGCAGCUGUUCCCAGCAGCUUUCUAGUUAACAACCUCUAUGCUGCCUCUUGUAUCUGUGUCUGUAUUCUACUUCUGUAUUAAGUCUUCAGAUUGUAAGCCUUUUCUGGCAAGGUUUUUUGUUUUGUUUUGUUUUGUUUUAAUCUCUUUUCCUGAAACUUUUUAUGAAUGGCUAUGGCACCAUUAAUGCUGCUGAAUAUCUAUAAACUCAUCACAAAGGCAAGUGCGUAGCUUAAGGCCACUAUUGGUAAGGAAACCAAGUGUCCUCUGUGCCUUUUUCCUUUCCUUGAAGUAAUUUAAGACAUCCCAAAA